AUGGCCUACUCCCCGCCCCCAUCACCCGGGACCGGGCCCGCCUACCAUGGAGGUCAACUUUCACGAGGCCGUUCCACAAGUCCUUCAGGUGCAGCAGGUCCUGUCUCAAAACGGGAUAAACGCCGUUCUGCACUGCAAGAACGCCUACAUGAUUUGACUGCGACGUUCAGCCAGAACCGCGACGCCCAAUUCCGACAGCAGCUACACUCUCUUCAAUGCGAUAUGACUCUGAUUAACAACUCCGACCCUUAUGACGCUAACCCACUCCCUGAUUCCUCGGAUGACGUCGCAACACUUAUUGAGGAGACCGUUGGUGGGGGCAAGUUUGCUAAAGAAAUGGCGAGCUUGUCCGGAACCUGGUAUGCCAAAUUUGUGCAAGAAGUGAACAAGGUCAAGGAGACCCGCGAUGCCGAUGUGGCUCAGCUUAAUGGCCGCCACGAAAACCACCUCGAGCGACACAGACGUGAAUAUGAAUUCCGCGCGCAUUUUGCCAAGGAGGAGUUCAGCCAAUUGUCGGGCACCAUGCGCGAACGUCUUAUGCAGAGUAUCUCGAGUAAACGAGCUCGCAUGAUGCGUGAGAAGGAACAACUCGAUAUUGCGGACACCAAUGCGCUUCUCUUGCACCCAAAUCAAUUUAGCAUUACAAACCCCGCUAGCCCUGGCGGAAUUCACAGCAAUCGCAAGACCCGGCACACUCGGCACCGCGUGGACAUGGACGAAUUGGGCAACGGAGUUGCUGCAGAAUUAAACAAGCGCAAGCGCAAGGCGCCGGAGGAGGAAAUCGGAUCACCCGUGCGGGACGCGGGUGGCACGACUCCGGCCGAGCGCUCCAAGGCCUACAUGGCUCAGCAGACUGCUCCGACAUACUCGAUUGCUUCAUUGUUUACCGAUAAGGAGCUCAAUGCGCACGCUAACCAGGCGCACACGGCUGCUCUCCACUUUUUCUCUACUUCCAAGCGCCCAGAGCAAGGCUCCGGAGUUAUCACCAAUGGCAACAAUACCGAUGCCGAAGAUAUGGGCGAUGGAACCCCGCUCGAUGACAACGGCACCCCCAGUGCUGCCGAUAUGAUGCGCACCGCUAGCCACAAUUUCCACGUUACACGCUCCACUCGUACAACCGCAGCCCACAGUGCUCUCAGUGCUCUUGCGGAUCUGGCCGAUAAGCCUGCAACGCGCCCCGCUUUGCCCUACCAUGCCCUUUCCAACUACAUUGCGCGACCCAACGGAAAUGCCCCUCCACUGACCUCACUUUUGACUGAGGAGGUAGAUGAUGACAUUCUCCGCCUGGAUCGUUUGAACAAUAAGCCAAUGAGUUGGAUUGAUUCCUCCCUUAUCGAGGUGGUUGCUGCUAUCAAUCCACCCGCCGAUUCAACAAACAGCCACCCAACUGCCUCCGAGCGCUUUUCUUCUGCGCACCCGGAUUUCCCCGCUUCCCUUGGUAUGCUGGCUGUACCUGCACGACCUUGGCAAGGUGCUGAAAUGUUUCAAUCGGUGGGCAUGGAACGGGAACGCAGCAGCAAGCGUACCCGCAACCACUAG